CUUCAGACUUGUAGAAAAAAUAAUAAGGUUAUUAAUUUGAAAGUUUCUUGUUUGUUUUAUUAUUCUAUUCUCUGCGUGUCUGAUUUACAAAAACUUAAACAAUAUGAUCGUCGACGUUAGAUUUCAACCAUAAAUGAUAAAGGGGCACAGCUGCCGUAUCUUAACGUUCGUAGUUGCAUUCGGAAUAUAAUGCGACUGCAUUUUGAUGCUUCCGAGUUAGUCUGCAUUUCACUAUUUUUUUAAAACGCGGACUGCCCAAAAAGAAAUCUGAAUGAAUAAUUCCGUAAUGGAAUGUUUGCUGUUAGAAUGCAUUUACUGUAUUCAACUGGUUUUGGCUGAAGGUUAGCUCCUUCGCGGUCAAUCAGUUAACAGAUAAAUAUUCCAUCCGCUUCGAUAAGUAGCAUUUCUGUAUGGUUUAAUAGGUUGUGCUCCACCGCACCCUGUUCGCUUAUUACAGGUACUGCCUUUAAAAUUUAUAUUGUAGUUUUGUUUUGAAGUGCGGCAGUUGGUAUCGCUGUUGAAGCAACGUGUCACUUCAUAGUUCGUACUGAUGUGCUGUUUAACGUAACUGUAGUUAUACUCUUAUAUGCGUGUUUGGUUCCAGUUUUUCGGUGAUAGAUUUUGCGCUUGGGAAUAGCUUACAAUUAAAUUUCAGAAGGGAGUUUUCAUUGCAUUCGUAAAAAGUGUACUUUUUUGUUAAUAAUACUAGUGAAGUACUUGUACUGGUGCUUGUACUUUUAAUUGAGAUUGAAUGGCUACCAGUAUUUAAAGAAAAUGAUUUGUUUUUAUGAUGUGUUUGCUCGAUUCACUAUCGUACGAAAUUUUUGAUCGCAUAAUUUGGCGAAAUGCACGUGAAUUAUUGAUUGUUAAUGCGUAAAUUGUUGGCGUACACUGGUACUGUAGUUCCUUCCCGGAAAACGUUAUCUCGAUCUGUCGAAGGCGAUGUUAACAAAACGGCGAUCACGGAUGACAGCUGAAAGGGGAACGUUCAUACUAGAUGCUUAGGAUUCGUGUUUUUCACACGUGCUUGCCUUUCCAUCAUUCUGAAGCAAUAUGGUACCAGCAUUUUUCAGAACUACAAAGGCUGCUCGGGGAGAUCGGUAUUUUGGAGCCGGUCAAGUCGAGGUGGACUUAGAUGAAAUGCUGCCUUUAACGAACGGGGAUGCGGAAAACGGGGUGGAUGAGCAUGAUGUGCGUGAUACCAAGCGCAUUAGGUCCCAUACGGAUUCUUAUCUAGUAAAACCGAAAUCCCACGCUGAUAGAAAAGGCAGUAAUUUUGAACUCAACAAACAGCAUGGCAUUGAAAUGGAUGUUUUUACCGCCGAUGGUACGCACAACGAUCAGCCAGAGGGACAUGGUGGCCGCAAGUCAUUCAUGGAUGCAAUGGCACAUGACCUGCUUCUUCCGGCUGCCGCCAUUGCAUCCGACAUCGCUCAUUAUCCCAUUGUGGAGGAAGUAGGAGAAGGGCCAACGAUUGAUGACCUCGUGCGGGAAGACAUACCCCUGCACAGCGAGCGAUUACGAGCUGUAGUGCUGCAGGUUAUGGGUCCUUUUUUUGUUGCCGGAUUGGGAAUGGUGGCAGCUGGAAUGGUGCUGGAUAUCGUACAGCAUUGGGAUGUUUUCCUUGCGGUUUCGGAAUUAUUCGUCAUGGUUCCGGCUUUAUUAGGGUUGAAAGGGAAUCUGGAGAUGACACUGGCCGCACGCUUAUCUACUGCUUUGAAUAUUGGAAAUCUUACGCCGGCUAAAAGAUGGAAAGUGAUUGGGGCUAAUCUAGCCCUAACGCAAGCACAAGCUGUAAUUGUGGGAUCUCUGGCGUCGGUUUUUGCGGUAUUUGUGGGAUUUAUUGGUCGGCGCACAGUGGACUGGGGACAUGCGUUAUUAAUUUUAGGAGCAGCUUCAGUAACCACUGCUAUCGCCAGCUCCGUAUUAGGUGCCGUGAUGGUUGGUGUGAUACUAUUAUCCGAGAAAUACCAUAUAAAUCCUGAUAAUGUCGCUACACCUAUUGCUGCCAGUCUUGGCGAUGUAACCACUCUUGGAAUACUAUCUGGUUUCGCUUAUCUGUUUUAUUCCGUCUACCAGACCACCUACUGGUUCUUGGGCCCGGCUAUUGUUAUUGUUAUCGUGUGGGCUUUGCUGCCUUUGUGGAUCGUUCUUGCUCGAACGGUCGAACAAACCCGGAUCGUUCUGCGCUCUGGUUGGAUACCUGUGAUAUCCGCAAUGUUGAUCAGCAGCUUUUCUGGUGCAAUACUCGCUAAAGUCUUAUCCGGGCGUCAGAAAUAUUUUAUGGGCAUCGCUGUUUAUCAACCUGUCAUGAAUGGUGUAGCAGGCAAUUUAGUUGCCGUCCAAGCCAGCCGAAUCUCCACGCACCUGCAUUGUGCAUAUGGAGAACCUGGUCAAAUACCUGGUGAUUUCAAAGUCUGUCCCAAUCCCUGCUUCAGUUUCUGCUCACGAAAUUAUAUGAAUGCACGAACAGCCAGAGUUUUGUUGCUGAUGCUGAUUCCGGGCCAUUUGCUGUUCUUAUGUCUCAUUUCCUGGCUGCAAGCCGGCCAUACCUCUCUGACCCCAAAGUUCAUAACUGUUUUUAUUUUGGCUGCUUUGAUUCAAGUUUCCGCCCUUUUGUACAUAGCUGAAGCGUUGACGCAUCUGGUAUGGAAGCGUGGAAUAGAUCCUGAUAGUUUCACCAUACCAUACUUGACUGCCUUGGGUGAUCUUUCUGGCACAGCUUUACUUACCGGCGCUUUUUGGCUUCUUUAUGUUACUGGUGAUAAAGACUUGGAUGUUAGUGACUGAAACCGGUCGGAUAUUUAUUUGAAUUUUAUUUUGUAAAUUUGAAGAGAGAUGUGUUACCUUUUUAUCCCUUUUUUAUUGUUCCCGCAGUAAGCGUAAUCAAAAUAUAAGAUGGACAAAUGAAUCAGGAGAGGAAAGUGCUGCUGUUUUUACGCUCAUGCAAAUCUGUGCAUGCAAAUUAAUAACCCAAUAAACAGCCACAAAGUUA